UUAUGAUCCAGUGUACAUACAUCAGUGUACUUAUUUAAAGUUACUAUAUUGAGGGUAUAUUUGACAAGCAACAUCAAGGACUGUUUUGUGAUUAACUUUCAUCAUAGAUAUGCCGUUGAAAAGCUACAAGUACGAGGAGGGCAAGUUUAAAGUAACGGAGGAAAUGAAAGGAGAAUUUGAAGAUGACGGUUACGUUGUUAUCAGAGGACUUUUGUCCGACGCAGAACUGAAACAUAUUGAAAAUGCACUUGUCGUCGGCAAGUUUUCCGACCAUACUUAUGGGGUCCCCGACGGAGAUGGCCGGGAAGCACACAUGAUUCUGUGGAACCAUCCGGGAGUUGAUGUGACUGGAAUGGUAGGCCGUUGUGAAAAAGUUGCCGACACUUGCGAACAGUUGCUGGGUGGGGAAGUAUACCACUAUCACACCAAGCUAAUGGCGAAACCUGCCAAGAUCGGUGGAAAACAUGUUUGGCAUCAGGACUACGGAUAUUGGUAUCAAAAUGGAAAUUUAUUUCCCAACAUGAUGACAGUUUUCAUGGCAAUUGAUAAAUGUACAAAAGAAAACGGAUGUCUUCAGAUUUUAAAAGGUUCAAAUAAAUGUGGAAGAAUAGAGCACGUGCAAGUUGCGGGGCAAGUAGGAGCUGACAUGGCACGUGUUGAUGAGCUUGCCAAAGUUUUACCGCUGGAAUAUGUUGAGCUUGAACCAGGCGAUGCGCUAUUUUUCCACUGUAAUUUGCUGCACUGCAGUGCACCUAACACCAGUGCUGCCAGACGUUGGGCGUUCCUUUGUGCGUACAACAGGGCUGAUAAUAACCCCACUAAAGAACAUCACCAUCCGAGAUACACACCUUUAAAAAAAGUACCUAAUUCGGCCAUUCUUGAAUGCCAGGAUUUUACGACAAUGGAUGGAAAAUGGUUCAUAGACCCGGAAAUCGAAAAACGUCCCGGUCGGAAGCUCGCUCAUAAGCAGUGAACGAUAAAAAGAGGAAGUUCGACAUUCAAAUUUAGACAUUCAAAUCGAGGGGUGAAUGCGAAAGAAGUAUAUAUAGACAAAGAAGCACAUUGACUACUCUCGCAUUCUCCCCCGAAAUAUUACAAUGAUAUUUUUGUCAAGUAAUGUAGAAGGUAUAGUAUUUUUGUCAUGGACUGUGAUAAGCCUUAUUGUACCGUAUAACCAGAUAUACUCCCAAAGCUAAAUAUUGAGUUUACAAUGUACUGACUUGUAUAUCUUUUGAGAAGAAAAUUAAAGUUACACUCUUUUAAUAUAUUCCUAUGAAAAUGAUAAUUUAAACAAUGAAACUAUAGACAAAUGUUUUUACUGCUUCCCAGGCACUAUUGGCAGCAUUGUAACAUAUGAAGAAUUACAGCAGUCGAUAUUACUUCAAGUGACAGUCUUAUGUUAGAAUAAGAUGCUGUAAAUGAUUUCAAAUCAAUUAUCAAAUAAAAUCUGAAAAGUAGA